AUCUCUGUCGGGGGAUGUGGUGUGCGGACCUGGCAGCCCGCCCCAGCCCAGCACAGUGAUGAGCAGCGGUGACUGGGAGUUGUGGAUCAGCUCACGUUCUMCUCCUCUCAGCGCUACACGACCUUUGUGUGUCUGUGGUGUCAAGUUGUGUUUGUGUCGCUUUGCUCUCACGAGUCGAAGCAGUUUUUCYUUUUUGUCCGGCGAUGUGUUGAACCCAUGMUAGUCCUCGCCACCAGCGUUAGCCAGCAGACUCUGAUGAGGGCAUCUCUACAGGCCAACUGUUCCUGACACUGCACCUGGAAGACGUGUGAGCUUGGCUGCAGAUCGUCACCAUGUCCAAGAGCAAGAGUUCGGAGUCAGUGAAGGUGGUGGUCCGUUGUCGCCCWAUGAAUGAAAAAGAACAGGCUAGCAAAUUUGAAAGGGUGGUCUCUGUGGAUGUGAAACUGGGACAAAUUYUUGUCAGGAACCCCAGAGAAGCUUCAGCCAGCGAAGCUCCCAAAGUCUUCACUUUUGAUUCAGUSUACGACUGGAACUCUAAACAAAUAGAUCUGUACGAUGAAACCUUCAGGCCACUGGUGGACUCAGUUCUUCUUGGCUUCAAUGGGACCAUCUUUGCCUAUGGGCAGACGGGUACAGGGAAGACAUACACAAUGGAGGGGGUGAGACAUGAUCCAGAGAGGAGAGGGGUGAUCCCUAACUCCUUUGAGCACAUCUUCACACACAUCUCACGAUCCCAGAAUCAGCAGUACCUGGUGAGAGCGUCAUAUCUUGAAAUUUACCAAGAGGAGAUCAAAGACUUGCUUUCCAAGAACCAAUCCCAUCGUCUUGAGCUGAGYGAGAGGCCUGACACGGGCGUUUAUGUCAAAGACCUGUCGUCCUUUGUCACCAAGAGUGUGCGAGAGAUCGAYCAUGUCAUGAACGUGGGCAACCAGAAUCGUUCUGUGGGUGCUACGAACAUGAACGAACACAGCUCCCGAUCUCACGCCAUUUUUGUCAUCACCGUUGAGUGCAGUGAGUUGGGUGUAGACGGGGAGAACCAUAUCAGAGUUGGCAAACUGAACCUGGUAGAUUUAGCCGGCAGUGAAAGGCAGACCAAGACUGGRGCCCAGGGGGAGAGGCUUAAAGAAGCCACAAAGAUCAACCUGUCGCUUUCUGCUCUGGGGAARGUCAUAUCAGCUCUGGUGGAUGGCAGGAGCAGCCACAUCCCCUACCGAGAUUCAAAACUCACCCGUCUGCUGCAGGACUCCCUGGGGGGCAACGCCUGCACCGUCAUGGUUGCCAACAUUGGGCCGGCAUCCUACAACAUGGAGGAGACCUUGACAACACUGCGCUACUCCAACAGGGCAAAGAAUAUCAAGAAUAAACCACGCAUCAAUGAGGACCCCAAGGAUGCCCUACUGAGGGAGUUUCAGGAGGAGAUCGCCAAGCUGAAGGUGCAGCUGCAAAAGCGCUCUGGGGGAAAAAAGAAAAGGAAGCAGAGGAGGAGAACUGGGGAAGGGAGCGAUGGUGAGGAUCUGGAAGGAGAGACAGAGGAUGAUGAUGAAGAUGGAGAAGACAAAGGAGAUUACUGGCGGGAGCAGCAGGAGAAGCUGGAGAGAGAGAGGAAMGCCAUCAUGGAGGAUCACAGUCUGGUGGCUGAGGAGAAAGUUCGGCUGCUCAACAAGAAGGAGAAGAAAAUGGAAGACUUGAGGAGAGAGAGGGAGGCUGGAGAGAUGCUUGCAGCUAAAGUUAAGGCAAUGGAGAGUAAGCUUCUGGUUGGGGGGAAGAACAUAGUGGAUCACACCAACGAGCAACAGAAAAUGCUGCAGCAGAGGAGGCAUGAAAUCGCUGAACAGAAACACAGAGAGCGAGAGAUGCAGCAACAGAUGGAGAGUCGGGACGAGGAGACUCUGGGACUGAAGGAGACCUAUACUUCCUUACAGCAGGAGGUCGACAUCAAAACCAAGAAGCUGAAAAAGCUGUUUGCCAAGCUGCAGGCAGUGAAGGCCGAAAUCCAAGACAUCCAGGAGGCACACAUCAGAGAGCGCCAGGACCUGGAACAGACCCAGAAUGAGCUCACCAGGGACCUCAAACUCAAACAUCUGAUCAUUGAGAACUUCAUUCCCCUGGAGGAGAAGAACAAAAUAGUCAGCAGAGCUUACAUUGAUGAAGAGGAUGAGCACUGGAAAAUGAAGCCCAUCACACGUGUAGAGGAUGAACAUCGGAUGAUGAACAAGCCUCUGUCUGCAGUCGGCUACAGGAGGCCCCUCUGUCACCACGCUCGCGUGGCCAUGAUGAUGAAGCCUGACACGAGAUACAAAGUAAGCUGCACUUUCUCUUCACCUGUUUCACUGAUGAACAUUUUCAAGCUCACUCCGAGAGCAUCUCUCCACAUAAAAACCACAUUCACAGUGACUUUGCAUUCGUCAUCCUCAUCUCAUGUUUCACAGGUGUUCCCUAAACUUUUCAGCCCCUGA